CCCUGGCAUAGACGGAACUGGAAAUGGGCUCCAAGUACCCCCAGUCUGUGCGCUGCUGGCUGCCCCCGUGGGCCUUGACGCUGGAGGUGACUUUCAUUCUCAUCUUUGCCUUUUUCACCUCCUAUGAUGUGCCCUCAGGGGAGCAGAAGAUCCUGGAGACCUACCAAGUCCUCCAGGAUUUCACUGUCAUGGCGGCCCUUGGCUUUGGCUUCCUCACCACCUCUUUGAGGAGGCAUGGCUGGAGUAGCAUGGGCUUCAACCUCUUUAUGCUGGCCCUCAGUGUGCAGUGGGCCACCUUGCUGGAUGGAGUCCUGGAGCAGCCCUUCCAAAAGAAAGUGAUCAUCAGACUGUCCAGGAUCCGGGUGGCCACUGUGAGCGCCAUGUCUGUGUUGAUCUCAGCAGGCUCUGUCCUGGGGAAGGCCAACUUGGUGCAGCUGAUGGUGAUGGCUCUGGUGGAGGUGACAGCUUUUGUUGCCACAAUGCGGAUCAGCAGGCAGGUCUUUGAACUGGUGGGUGACCACGAAUGCACAAUGAGUAUUCAUGUGUUUGCAGCCUACUUUGGGCUGAUUGUGGCCUGGUGCCUCUCAAGGACUCUGCCUUCAGGAUUGGAUAAGAAAGCACAAACAGAGAAAGUUCAGAUGGCCACGAGCCCCAGUCUGUUUGCUAUGCUGGGUACUCUCUUCUUGUGGAUUUUCUGGCCAAGUUUCAACUCGGCUCUGCUAUCUAGUCCCAGUGAAAGGAAGAAAGCCGUGUUCAACACCUACUAUGCCCUUGCAGUCAGCACGGUGACAGCCACCGCUGCAUCGGCCCUGGCUCAUCCCCAAGGGAAGAUCAACUUGAUUCAUAUCCACAAUGCUGUGCUGGCAGGAGGCGUGGCUGUGGGCCCUUCCUGCUACCUGUUUUCCUCUCCUUGGCCCUUCAUGGUGCUGGGCCUAAUGGCUGGAUUGAUCUCCAUUGGGGCAGCUAAGGGCCAGCCGGUGUGUUUCAGCUGUGUGCUGGAGAUUCAGGACGCCAGUGGCGUGCACGCCACCUUCGGCUUGCCGGGUCUGCUCGGAGGCUUUGCCUACGUGGUGAUGAUGGCAUAUCAUGCCUACUGGAAUUCCUUGAUUGGCUACCAGUUGCUGAUUUACAUAGGGCAACUCAACUUGGCUGUGGCGAUGGGUAUGGCUUCUGGUCUCCUCACAGGUCUGUAUGAUGCCACCUUCUUCCAGAGUGUAACUGACAGCAGGAAGCCCAUCUUGUUUAACAUGGCUGGUGAAGACAUGCAUCUGCAGAACAUGCAUCUACAAGCAAAUGUCUGUUGCCGGUUACAGAGUCUUACACUGCAUCACUAG